GCAAAGGCGGUGGAGCAGGACCGGGUUUGCGCGCGGUAACUGUGCGCACUUGGGCUCUUUACGCGUGCGGGACACACGUGAAACGAGGCACCCGUUGAACCGCGCACCCCUUGCACUCCGGCCGCCAGGGACUGGCGGGGUCGGAAAUUGAAAAUGUUGGGAAAGGAAGGCGUUAGAGUCUCCGCCCGGCCGGAGCCUGAGGCUGCAGCCCCGGGGCGGAGAGUAGGGCGGGGCUGAGAAAGUUGAGUGUUAGUCGCGGAGGGUUGGGCUCCACGCGGGAGCGCCCGCCGCCGGGCACCGUAAAAGGCUGGAGCGGACGGGGUAGGUGUGGCUCUGCCUCCAUGACCUGAGUCCCCGUCCCGGUCGCUGUGGUCUCCCGCAGCUGCGGCCUCUCAGCCAUGGGCACCGUCUGGUCUGCCCUGCUAGUCGGAGGGGGUCUGGCCGGGGCGCUUUUUAUUUGGUUGCUGCGGGACACAGGAAAGGAGGGGGACGCGGACCAGGAGAAGGACGCCUCUCCUGGCGAGGCUGCGGCUCUGGGAGGCGAUCAGGGUGGCGGCGGCGGCCAGAGCCCUGGACCUUCCAAGCGGGAGCUGGUCACCAAACCAGAGCAUCUUCAAGAAAGCAAUGGAUGUUUGGUUUCAGAGACCAAAGGCCCUGGUAACCUGCAGGAAGCAGCACGGAGACAGGAGAGUCCUUCUGGAGAAGACGGUGACUGUGACAAUUCAAGAAAACAUGUUCCUUCUGGACAGUUUCCAGACACACAAUCUCUAACUACGUCUGAGACUGGUAACUCCAGGAGUUACUCUGAAGUUUCAAGAAAUGAAAGCCUUGAAUCUCCUCGAGAAAAACAGGGAUUCCACAAAGGCCAAGAGACACCUGCUAAUGCAGCUCCAGGUUUUGCAGAGAAGUUGCCCUCUAGCAACCUGGUCACGGAUAGAGCUAAAGAACACGUGAGCCUUGCGCAGCUGGGCAGUCAGGACCCAGCUGACCACGAGGCCUGGGAAAUGGUGUCUAGGCACUCAUCUUGGGGAGAUGCUGGUUUGGGUGGCAGUCUUAAGGCUCCACUGUUAAACCCAAAACAGGGAAUGGACUAUGGCAGAAGCACUCUUGUGGAAGCAAGAGGUCAGGAAAUGGAUGUGAAACCAAAAAGGGUAGUAGCAAUGUCUUCAGGGUCUCGGCAAGUUAGUGUCAGGUUCCAGGUCCAUUAUAUCACAAGUACUGAUGUGCAAUUCAUUGCAGUAACUGGAGACCAUGAGAGUCUUGGGAGAUGGAACACGUACAUCCCACUCCAGUAUAGCAAGGAUGGGUUCUGGUCUCAUUCUGUGUCCCUGCCAGCAGAUACAGCGGUGGAAUGGAAGUUUGUGGUGGUAGAGAAUGGGGAAGUCACCCGCUGGGAAGAGUGCAGCAAUAGGUUCCUAGAGACUGGCCAUGAAGACAAAGUGGUUCACAAGUGGUGGGGAAUUCACUGAUUCAGUUUGCAAAGUAUUGGAGAGGCUGUUGCAGAAUGUGGAAGAGGCUAAGGUUGUGGAGCACAUGAAUAAUUUAAAAUAAAGGAAGUGUAACCCCAAAUUUAGCCAUCACAGUUGUUUCAAAUUUGCUAGUGGCUUUUGUCUAAUGUGCAGAAACAUAUAUCGUAGACAAUACUUCCAGUGACCAUGGGCUUUUUUUCCUGUGGCCUUGGGUGGAUUUAUGCUGAUCCAUCAUUACUUUAGGGUUGGUCCUGUUGGGCACUGACUUGGCUAAGCUUUAGAUGUGGACUGGUCAGGGAGCCCAGAAACUAACCAGCUGCAUGGGGUUCAAGCUUGAGCCUUUGGGUGAUCCUUACACCAAGGGAGUGAAACUUCAUUGAGAGAGGGCUGAUUUCCUGCUGGUACAGCUGCAGAAGCGCUCUCUUUACUACAUGCGCACUUGAGACUUAAAAAUAGUUAACACCAUAUGGAACUGUGAUCAGAAAAUAUCUGGUCACUAGAUGUGAUUAGCAAGGACAUGAGGUAAUACAUUAAGACUUUCCAAUGUUUUUUGUUUGAUUUUACCUGCCAGGUAUGGUUUGAAGGUAGCAGGUAUGUCUGUCUUAAGGAUUGAGGGCUGAAUCACAGUCCGUCAUCGAGAACAGCCACGAGGAAGGGAAGGAGGAUGGGGUUAAGGUGUGGGCUGAGUGAGGUGGCCUGAAUGACACCUGCUAGAGGGCUGGCAGGUACAGGUACAGCCUGACUGCAGGGAGGGACACGCCCAUCAUCACUAGAGGGGCCUCUGCAGGAUGCUCUCCCCUCGCCCCUCCCCUCUCACACCAGAUGUGGACCGACAGGUGGACUGUCCCCUAGCAAUCGUCUCACCCUCUUCCCUCUCCUUUCAUCCCAGCAGCUCUCUUGGGUAACAAAAUUAUAACAGGACAGUGAUAUAGAAGUACAUCUUUGCUCUGAGAAGAAAUAAACAUUUAAACAUUGUUAUUAUAACUGAAUAAUAAUAAAACCUGAGU